AUGGCAGAAGUUGGAAAACGCUUCCUAGAGUAUCAACUUAUCGUCAAUAAUCCCAAUCCUGUCUGGAACAGUGAAAACUUAUUAAGAUUCAAUCUUCCACAAUUUACCCUUCUAUUGCUUUGCAUGAUCGCUCUCACCCGCAUUAUACACUACAUCCUAAGACCUUUCAAUCAACCACAUUUCGUUGCUGAGUUUCUUGCAGGUUUACUGGUAUGUCCACAACUGGUGGCAGGAACAAUAGCAUUUACAUUUGUGGCACCUCCAAAAGCACUUCUUGGUAUAGAGACCAUGGCACAUCUAGGUCUCAUCUACAAUGUCUUCCUGACUGGCUUGGAGAUGAACCUAGACGCUAUCCUGCUAGCAAGAAAAAAGGCUACAACCAUUGCUAUGGUUAGCACCAUCAUUCCAAUGUUGUUAGGAGCUGCAAUAUAUUCCAUGGCUCAAUCUCUCUACAAGGGUCCUAACCUUGACAUGUCACUUUACAACACACCUAGUGCAUAUUUAUUCUGGGCUUUGGUUCUCAGUGUCACAAACUUCCCUGUCCUUGCUAACAUUCUUGCUGAUCUUAAGAUCCUCUACACAGAGCUAGGUAGAGUGGCUGUAACUGCAGCCACAAUAAGCGACUUCUACAAUUGGGCAAUGUUUGUGUUGCUAAUUCCAUUUGCUUGUCAUAGUCAAAGACCUUUUCUCUCAGUGAUAUUAACCAUUUUCUUUAUGCUCUUCUGCUACUUGGUGUUGCGCCCAUUCCUUACCAAGUUGUUGAAUAAGGAAACAGAAAAUAAUGAGUGGGACAAUUACAAGUUAUCGUAUGUUCUUGUAGGUGUUUUGGCUUUUGCACAAGUGACUGAAAUGCUAGGUACACAUUCCAUUGUUGGGGCGUUGGUGUAUGGAUUGAUGCUUCCUCGUGGAAAAUUUGCUGACAUGUUGAUGGAAAGGUCAGAUGAUCUUGUCUCCAUGUACCUGGAACCGUUGUUCUUUGUUGGCUGUGGCAUAAGAUUCGACUUUUCUAGUUUUAAACUGCACAAAGUUCUUAACCAUGUUCUGUGGGAAUCUUGGUUGACCGUGGACACAGGUUACCGUCUGAGAUGA